AUGGCAAGUGAAUCUUCUGCAAUGGCAGAGGGAAUUGCGCCACCAGAGUAUCCACAUGAUUUCGAAGCAAUCACACCUCUAUCCACAGCCUGGGUCAAGUGGGACGUCAAGGGCGGUAGUGACCGCACUCAUGAACCAAACGUCAACACAAACUACACUCUCGAAGGCACUCCCAACAUUCAAGGUGUCGAAAUUAAAGCUACUGUUGGCGUUAAAUUAAUCUGCUGGUCUGGUGCCCCUGGAAACGGCACUCCGAAUACUACAAUCGAUGGACCUACCAAUGGUAAACACAAGAUUGACCCCAGAAGACUUGGAGGCUACCGCGUUGAAAUCCGUUGAAGAAGUUUCCAAUCUUUGGGCGGUUGCCACUAGUCCGGUCUCCAAUAGCAGCUGUGUCAUUGAUUGAAUCGAAUUUUCUUGCUGUAGGCCGGUUCUGGUUAUCACAUGGAUUCGUUUCUUUCUAA